AUGGCGGGCACACAUCCAAUAGUAGAUGUGCACACGCAUAUGUACCCUCCAUCCUACAUCUCUCUGCUCUCCUCUCGCAAAGAAGUCCCCUAUAUUCAUACGCCCUCUUCAGGAGAUCCCCGCCUCAUCAUCCUACCAUCCGAUGACGAUGCCUCGAAACCACCCGAACAGCGCGGUCGCCCUGUCGACACCAGCUACUCCUCCUUUUCCGAGAAGCUCAAGUUCAUGUCUACCCACGGCAUAACCUGCAGCGUCAUCUCCCUAGCAAACCCCUGGCUCGACUUCCUCGACCCCUCCACAGCCGCCAAAACCGCCCACCAGAUCAACUCCGACCUCGACGCUGCCUGCCAACAACAAAACGCCACGUCCUCGGCACUCAAGCUCUACGCCUUUGCCUCUCUUCCGCUUUCCGCCCCGGUGCCAGAAAUCGUCUCCAGCAUCCACUCCCUCGCCACACUGUCCCACACCAAAGGUGUCAUCAUCGGCACCUCCGGUCUAGGACUUGGCCUCGACGACCCAGCCCUGGAACCAAUCUACGCCGCCCUGGCCUCAACACGCACCAUGGUCUUCCUCCACCCGCACUACGGUCUCCCCGCCUCCAGCUUCGGCCCCACCGCCGCCAACUACGGGCACGUCCUCCCACUAGCGCUCGGCUUCCCACUCGAGACCACCAUCGCCAUCACGCGCGUCUACCUCUCCGGUGUCUUCGACCGCCACCCGGACCUGAGCUUCCUCCUCGCACACUCCGGCGGCACGCUGCCCUUCCUCGCCGGCCGCAUCGAGAGCUGCGUCGCCCACGAGCGCGAAUUCACCGUCAACGGCGGCGACAAACCGGGCCCGCGCCGCAGUAUCUGGGACGUACUGAAGACGAACGUCUACCUAGAUGCCGUGAAUUACGGGGAACCUGGAAUGAAGGCGGCGCUGGCGGCUGCCGGGGGCGAGGACGGCCAAGGAUGGGACCGCUUGAUGUUUGGCACCGAUCACCCGUUCUUCCCGCCGCUGGCAGGCGAGGAGAAGUGGCUGAGUGUGGAGAGCAAUCUGAGGGCGAUCGAGGGCGUCUGUGCCGGAGACGAGGCGAGGAAAGCAAAGAUAUUGGGUGGCAAUGCCAUUCGCGUGCUGGGCUUGGAUGCAUAG